ACAGAAGAAACUAUUUCGAUAAUAACUUUAUUCUCUUUAUGACUUUUCUUCAUCAAGCUUCUUAUUUAUUGACUUUGUUAAAUGAAGAUGCUGAAUAAAAUAAGGCAUUUAUCUAAGCAAUUAACAAGACUCCAUUGUCACCGUCAAGCAGCCUCUCUUGCUACUUUAUCUUACACUGAAUAUGGAAAACCCUCGAAAAACCCUCCUAUUUUCAUAUUCCACGGUUUAUUCGGAUCUAAAAGAAAUUGGACGUCUAUAUCAAAGAAACUAAUUGAAAACAACGAUAGGCAUGUGUUCGCUGUUGACCUUAGGAAUCAUGGGAAUAGCGAACACACCUUUAAAAUGUCUUACGACUUGAUGGCAGAGGACUGUAUUGCCUUAAUAGAAAGUUUUAAAUUAUCUAAACCACCAGUCUUAAUAGGACAUAGUAUGGGCGGAAAGGUGGCAAUGACCAUUGCCUUGAAGUAUUCAAUUCCUCUAUCUUCGUUAAUAAUUGCAGACGUUAGCCCAUUAAAGAAUGAAACUAGAGGAUCCGUUGAAUUGCGAAGACUCAUCGAGAUUAUGAAAGGGAUUGAUUUAUCGAAAUCGAAUGCAGUGAAUGUAUCGGAAUUUAGGACGAAGGUUAUGGACUAUAUAAAACCGAGAAUUUCCGAUGAAAUGCUACGAGCAUUCAUUUUAUCCAAUUUAAGAGAGAAAUCCGAUAAAUCCUCAUACGAAUUUUCAUUUAAUCUUAACGCUAUUGACAACAAUUUAGACGCUCUUUAUAGUAGUCAAGACUUCGAUGCAAAAUACGAAGGAUCAACUUUAUUUAUAGCUGGUUCAAAUAGUGAUUACGUAACAGAAAAGCAUGUACCAACUAUAAAUAAACUAUUUCCAGCUAAUGAAAUUUAUCACAUAAAAGACGCUGGACAUUGGUUACAUUAUGACAAACCGAAAGAGUUUUUGUUAAAAAUUACUGAGUUCUUAUCAAGAUCAAAUUGAUUUUAUUCUUAAAUAGACACGAGAUGCUGAUAAUUGUAGAGAAAGAGAGAAAAUUCGUGAUUAGAGUAUUUUUCUUUGUUAUUUCCUCAUUUUGUUUUAGAAAAUCUAAGCAGUUUGUUACUAAAUACCGAAACUAAUUUUUAAAAAGUAAACUGAAACUUUAUAGCUUAACUUUCAGAGCUGUUUGACCAGUUUCUUCUCUUCAUUUCUUCUGAGCAUCGUAUAUCUUCAUGACUACAACGUAAUUUUAUAAAUAAAGAAAUUCAAUCAGGAUUUAUUAAUUUAAUCAGUCAUAAGAAGGACUUAGAAUACAAUCAGUCUCCAGAAGCCUACUAAUUUUUAAUAUCCCUUUAUAUUUUUAGACUUUAAAAUGAAAGAUUCUCUGAAGUUAUUAGAAUGAGAAAAAGAGAAAGGAAAAGGUGAGAAAAAAGAGGGGGAAAGAACCGGUGCCGUUUGGAAGUUUUUCUCUCUUUUUCUCCUUUCUCUUCCUGCAUUAUUUUAACCGCUAUUGAUUUUUUUUUCUUGUAUAAAAAAUACUUAACAAUGCCCGCCUCUCACUGUUCGUUAUUUGUUCCUCUCCUUUCGAAUUUCCGUUUGCAAGAUGAUUUUCUAAAGAGUAAAAAUUCCGAGAAUUAACCGCAGAAAUCCUGUGUUUGAUGCCAACAAUUUGUUUGGAUUCUGUUAGUUUUUGAUAACAGCAAUUCGCUGGAUCCUUACAAGUUACUCUUCUCUUUAACAAGUUUUCAACUGUCUCAAAUUUCGAUUCUUGACGUCUUGGAUACAAAGUUGUUCUUUUUGAGAACCAUUCCCAGAGCGUAUCAAUCUCUAUCUUAAUUAAUCUGGUUUCUCUCAAUGUCCACUUUAGUAUUUCAAGUUAUCAUUUUAUCAUAAUUGAACUCUAUAUAUUUGUAUUAACAAGGUCCAUGUUAUGUAAUUAUCAGAUUCAAUAAUCGAAGUAUCUUUAUAUUUAUUUCCUUUCUUUUUUACAGCGUAAAUACAAUUUCCUGUUUAGAGUUUUCCUUUCAUUGUGACGCCUAAAACAAUCGUCAAUAUUGAGACUUAAGAGGCUUUAAUUCUACCUCUUCUUGUAUGGCGAGAGUGUUCUCUAUUUUCCAAUUAAACAAACUACUCUGUUUGUUAAUUCUUUUCAUCAUUCUUCCGUUUAACUUACAAUAGCCAAGAAUAUCUGGAAAGGAAACAAAUAUUGAUUUGGGGGUAAGACAGAGGAGGUGAGAAGGAUAGAGAGAUAGAGGAAAAGAUAGAUAGAUAGAAUAAAAAUAGGAGGUGAGAAGAGAAGGCAACCAAAUGAUAUAUAUGCAUAGAGAGAGAGAGAUGGAUAGAUAGAUAGACUCAGUACUUUAGUCAAAGAGUAAGAGAAAAUGAAAUGAAAUUAAAUAAACAAAAAAGAGAAUGCUGAAGAGAAAAGGAAAAGAGAACUUUCAAAUUAGACGCUAAACGAGCAUGAUCUAUAAAUUUCAUUAAUUUUGGAAACUAAAGGGUACCAUAAUUUAAAUGACGAAUUAAGCAAAGAUAAAAGAAAAUAAAAGACGUAAUAAAGAAAUCUUCUUCACCCCCCGCCCGACUCUCUUUCUCUUCCCAUCUUCCCUCCAACUUCAACAACAAAAACAUGUUUAAAAAUUUUUGUCAUAUAAAUAGAAUUAUACAGAAAUAGACGCAUGUUUUUAACAGUUGAAACACGAAUGCUUUCAACAACUAAUUUCUUUGUAAGCCCAAAGAUGUGCGAAAUAAUAACUUUGCCUCUCUCUCGCUUUACGUAUGAAUCUG